GGGCAAUUUCCGUUUCUGGUUGAGGAUCAUAUUUUUUCUUGUAAUUACAUCUUCAAUUCAAUUGGGCUGGAGAAUGUUGUCCAUCGUUCUCCAUUGGCUGAAAUUGAUUAGUCCGUGUCGCCCUUUAGGUCUCCUUUGAUGAUUCUUGAAUUCGAAUCGAAGUUUCGUCCUUGUUCUGGAUUCCAUUUCCUAGAUUUCUAAUCCCGGUAUCCAUUUACAUGAUCAAAACAAUCACACUUCCUCACAGGGAUGCGUGAAACAAGUCUAGAAUUACACCUUGAUUCUCGAUUUUAUUGAUCAGUCAUGGAGUUGAGAUCCGGCGGUAGAAAGCUGUCUUUCGAUGUGCUUCGUGGAAGCGGUUCCUCUGAAGAAGACAGAUCCUUAAUUUUAGGAUCAAACUCCGAUCCAGUUUCAAAUGGGAUCGAAGAUUCCGGGGCGCAACAUUCGAUUGAGAAGCCCAAUCGAAGAAAGAGGCGGCAUCGGGGUUCGAAGAAGAACAAGGCGGCGGCGACCACAACGGCACCUUCAAAUUGCUCUAUUCCUGAGGACCCGAUCGCUGAAAAAUGCAUGAUCUCUAAUUCCGUCGUCGACAAGCCCGAAGACUUGGGGCGACACUCCGUGAAUAGAGAUGGUACUUGUACGAAUCGAUUGGAAUUUGAACUGAAUUACCGUAGCUGUUCUACUGGGACUGUGUUUUAUCAGGAGUUGACUGUUCCCGAUGAGAGUAGAGGGAGCAUAUCGAUUUUGACGCAAGGAUCAGAGGUGGAUUGUCAAAAUCUUCGCAAUGAUCGGUUUAGCUUCGGUGAGUUGAGGCAAAGGACUGUGAAUGGAGAUGAUGCAUCAUCAAGGUUUGGCGAUGAUAAGAAUGUGGAAACUUGCGUGGAAGCAAACUCUGUAGUGAAACAAAAAAGUGAGCCGAAUGGAAAUGUGGUGCCAAGAUUGGAGACCGCAGGGUCGUUGGACUGGAAACGGCUCAUGGCUGAGGACCCUAAUUAUAUGUUUUCUGCAGAUAAGUCACCAUUCAAAUGCUACAUGGAGGAAAUGUUUAGUGGAAAUUCAUUACGGAUCACUACCACUUUUGGCAAUGAGAAAGAACGAGAAAGAGUUUAUGAUACUAUCUUCCGCUUACCUUGGAGAUGUGAAUUGCUCAUAGAUGUCGGCUUCUUUGUCUGCCUUGAUUCAUUUCUUUCAUUGUUAACCGUUAUGCCAACACGGAUUAUGAUAACUCUUUGGAGGCUUGUUGUUACAAGGAAGUUUGAAAGACCUUCUUCAGCAGAGUUAUCUGAUUUUGGUUGUUUUUUAAUAAUGGCAUGCGGUGUUGCUCUCUUAGAAUGGACAGAUAUCAGCUUAAUUUAUCACAUGAUUCGUGGUCAAGGAACAAUUAAACUAUAUGUUGUUUACAAUGUACUCGAGAUAUUUGAUAAACUUUUUCAAAGUUUUGGUGGAGAUGUGUUGCAAACUUUAUUUAAUUCGGCAGAGGGACUUGCAAAUUGUCCACCUGAGAAUAUGGGCUUCUGGAUCGGAAGAUUCAUUUCUGAUCAAGUUUUAGCUGUGGCUGCUUCAAUUAUUCAUUCUUUUAUAUUAUUAGCUCAGGCAAUUACCUUGUCAACCUGUAUUGUGGCCCAUAACAACGCCUUGCUUGCUUUGCUGGUGUCUAACAACUUUGCAGAGAUCAAAAGCAAUGUGUUUAAGCGUUAUAGCAAAGGAAAUAUCCACAAUUUGGUUUAUUUUGAUUCAAUCGAAAGAUUCCACAUUUUGGCAUUUCUCUUGUUUGUUUUGGCUCAAAACAUUUUGGAGGCGGAGGGUCCUUGGUUUGGGAAUUUUCUCUAUAACGCUCUCAUGGUUUUCAUCUGUGAAAUGCUCAUCGAUAUCAUUAAGCACUCAUUCUUAGCGAAAUUUAACGACAUAAAGCCUAUUGCAUACUCAGAGUUUCUUGAAGAUCUUUGCAAACAGGCUCUAAAUAUGCAAGGUGAAGAUGCAAAGAAAAAUUUGACAUUUAUUCCCGUUGCGCCAGCAUGUGUGGUCAUUCGUGUGCUGACUCCGGUUUAUGCUGCCCUUCUUCCUUUCAAUCCCCUCCCAUGGAGGUUUGUCUCGGUUCCACUCCUCUUGGGUGUGACCUAUGUGAUGCUCGUGAGCCUCAAGAUUUUGGUUGGCUUAAGUCUGCAGAAAUAUGCAACUUGGUAUAUCGACCGAUGCCAAAAGAAGAAGCAUCAUCUACACACUGACUAAUCAGAAGGAUGUGUAUUAAGCGUGGCACAACAUUAUGAUCAAAUGACAUUGCUGCUUCAAGUGGUCGCCAUGACAUGCAAUGCCGAGAGGACAACUGACCUUGCUCAUGCUGUGGGUCAAAGCUGCAAACUUGCCCCGUUCUGUAACUUACCUUCUUUCGUUCGUCAACGAGGCUGUAAAGAGAGAGGCCUUUUUGCCACAGGUUUUUGGGUUGCCAUUAUAUUUUUUAGUAUUGAAAUGCAAAAUGUGAAUACAAAGGAGAAAAGAAAAAUGAACUUUCCAAUCUAACUUUGCUAUUUACCACCAUCUUUAUAGAGGUUUUGGCUUUAGGAAUUAGCAAUCAUGAGUUACACACGAUAUGGUUCACACAAAGAAAUUGUAUUAUUAAAUAAUAACAAUAAUAAAAAUAGUAGAAAAGAUCUUCACAUA